AUGUACUCCUCCCAUUCGACACUUGUUCCCGAGCUGGAUCUGAACCCGCCUACGAGCUGGUCAAAGCCCGCCAGCGCCCUUGGACUCUCCAACCCGGUGAAUCAUUUACCGCAGUCACAACAGAUCCAGAGAUUGCAACAGCAGAUCCAGCACCACCGCCAGCUCCAAAGAUCCUCCCAGGCGCCCAUCAAGAUUCGCCGCACCCGCUCAGGAUCAAGUAACAGCAGCACCAACAACUCCAACUCAAAGAGCCAGUACCGAGCUGGUGCAUCCGUAUCCCCCACUACACUUACCGCCGCGUCCCCUACAAACCCAUCGAUCGAUUCAACCGAAAUGUUUGGCAACAACGGCACCACCACACAAGGCCAAGACUUCGGUUCGGGUGAUCGUGCGCUCGCUGCUGCUAGGAACAACAGCAACAACCCACACUACCGACACUCGCUCCAGUUCGGCAGUAACGGACACGUUCAGCACAUCAAUAUCCGUAACACUGACGAGGAUGAUGAUGAUGAGGACCUAAACGACAACGAUGACAGCAGUAUGAGCGGCGCCGAGAAUGACGAUGCUAACAGCAACAGCAGCAUGGGCAACAGAGGAGGCAUGGAUAUCAAGAUGAAGAUGGCAUCCUCUGGCGCAGCCUUCCAGCACCAUCGAAGCAUGUCUCAUCCGGAUUUCUCACGUGGAUUCAACACCGCCCUCCAUGGAUUCACUCCCAUCACUACCGAGGCAUCGCAUUCCCCACCGUCGCCACCCACAGGAUCCUACACAUCCGAGGGUAACGGUUUCUCGGCCGCGAUGGUCUCUCCCGAGAUGAUGACACAGAGCAACCACAGCGGUGGACUCCAAUUUGAUGGUGGAUCCGGCUUCCAGGGUAAUUCAUUGAGCAGAAACAGCAGCAUGGGCGCAGGUGGAGUCGAGUCGUCUUUGGCCUCGCUGGCUGAUCUCUCUGUCAUGUCAUCGAUGCCUGGACUUGGCAAAAGAUCCUCCGCCAACACUGGAUCGAACUCGUCCCCGUUUCCUUUCCAGCAGGGAUUGCCAGUCAUUUACCAGAACCAGGCGACCUUCAACUCUUUUGCGUCCUCCCGAGGUUCCAACGACCACUUCAACUUUAAUGGUAACAACAACACUGGAGCCAACAGCAUCAGCGGACUCACCUCUGCGCUGGGCCAGCAGCUCCAGCGCCAGCAGAUGUUCCAAGACCAGCAGCAGCAGAACCAGUACCAUGCUUUCCCCACUACUACUCCUGCCUUGUCAGCCUCGCUUCCAGCUCCCUCCAGCUUCCAGCCUUACUACCAGCAGAUGGCCCAGUCCGCCCAGAAGCAGCAGGAGCAGCCAAAGGAACAGCCUCAGCAGCAAACGGAGGAUGACUCUUCCCAGGAAGAUGGUCGUCGUUCGAGGAGCAAGAGUGUCACGCUUGUCCCUCCACCCCGACGAGCGAUGCCUCCCCGCCCUCCUCAGACUUCUGCCCCUCGCAAGUACUUAGGCCGUCAGGCACGCAAAGUCCCGAUUGUGAACGAGAUCAAGGAGGUGACUACCCCUACCCGUCGUAUGGCUCACAUCCUCUCUGAGCAGAAGCGUCGCGAAAAGAUCAAUGGUGGCUUUGACGAGCUCAAGAGCGUCAUCCCUGAGUGUGCGGAGAACACCGACUCCAAGGCCAGUAUCCUCCGCAAAGCUGUCGAUUACAUUUGCUUGCUGGAGGAUGAAUUGAGACGCUACGCCGAUGUCUUUGAAGGGGAGGGUCGUACCAAGGACGAGUUUGAAGACUAG